GACGCGCGCGAGCGCCGGGCGCACCAGUGCCGCGCGACCCCGACAUGACGGGGCUGGAGCAGGACCCGGAGUUCGACUUCGAUUUCCUCUUCGAGUUCGAUCAGAGCGGCGGGGGCGCCGCGGCCGCAGAACACUACAGUUAUGCGUCCCCUAGCGUCACCUCAACUCUGCCCCUUCCCACAGCACACCCCGCCUUGCCAGCGGCAUGCCAUGACCUCCAGACGUCCACCCCGGGCAUCUCAGCUGUUCCUUCAGCCAAUCAUCCCUCUGGUUAUGGGGGCGCUGUGGACAGUGGGCCUUCAGGAUACUUCCUGUCCUCCGGCAACACGAGACCCAACGGGGCCCCAACUCUGGAGAGUCCUCGAAUUGAGAUCACCUCCUAUCUGGGCCUUCACCACGGCAGCAACCAAUUUUUCCACGACGUGGAGGUGGAAGACGUACUUCCUAGCUGCAAGCGGUCACCAUCUACAGCAACCCUGCACCUGCCCAGUCUGGAAGCCUACAGAGACCCCUCCUGCCUGAGCCCAGCCAGCAGCCUGUCCUCCAGGAGCUGUAACUCUGAGGCGUCCUCCUAUGAGUCCAACUAUUCAUACCCGUACGCAUCCCCCCAGACCUCUCCAUGGCAGUCACCCUGUGUGUCUCCCAAGACCACGGACCCAGAGGAGGGCUUUCCCCGAAGCCUGGGUGCCUGCCACCUGCUGGGAUCGCCAAGGCACUCCCCAUCCACCUCUCCUCGUGCAAGCGUCACCGAGGAGAGCUGGCUCGGUGCCCGUGGCUCCCGGCCCACGUCCCCCUGCAACAAGCGCAAAUACAGUCUCAACGGCAGGCAACCCUCCUGCUCACCACACCACUCACCCACACCGUCCCCCCAUGGCUCCCCUCGGGUCAGCGUGACGGAAGACACCUGGCUUGGUAACACCACCCAGUACACCAGCUCUGCUAUUGUGGCGGCCAUCAACGCCCUGACCACUGAUAGCACCCUGGACCUGGGUGACGGUGUCCCUAUCAAGUCUCGAAAGACAGCCCUGGAGCACGUGCCCUCUGUGGCCCUCAAGGUAGAGCCGGCUGGGGAAGACCUGGGCACCACACCGCCCACUUCUGACUUCCCACCCGAGGAGUUCGCCUUCCAGCACCUUCGGAAGGGUGCCUUUUGUGAGCAGUAUCUGUCGGUGCCACAGGCCUCGUAUCAGUGGGCAAAGCCCAAGUCUCUAUCCCCAACGUCAUACAUGAGCCCAUCCCUGCCUGCCCUUGACUGGCAGCUGCCAUCACACUCUGGUCCAUAUGAGCUUCGGAUCGAGGUGCAACCCAAGUCUCACCACAGGGCUCACUAUGAGACGGAAGGCAGCCGGGGAGCUGUGAAGGCUUCUGCUGGAGGACACCCUGUCGUGCAGCUACAUGGUUACUUGGAAAACGAACCUCUCACGCUCCAGCUGUUCAUUGGGACGGCUGACGACCGCCUGCUACGGCCCCAUGCCUUCUACCAGGUCCACCGGAUCACGGGGAAGACUGUCUCCACCACCAGCCACGAGGCCAUCCUGUCCAACACCAAAGUCCUGGAGAUCCCACUGCUUCCAGAAAAUAACAUGCGAGCCAUCAUCGACUGUGCUGGGAUCCUGAAACUCAGAAACUCUGAUAUCGAGCUGAGGAAAGGGGAGACAGACAUCGGGAGGAAGAACACCAGGGUGCGGCUGGUCUUCCGAGUCCACAUCCCCCAGCCCAACGGCCGGACGCUGUCUCUCCAGGUGGCCUCAAACCCUAUCGAGUGCUCCCAGCGGUCGGCCCAGGAACUGCCCCUCGUGGAGAAGCAGAGCACAGACAGCUACCCAGUCAUUGGAGGGAAGAAGAUGGUGUUGUCUGGCCAUAACUUUCUGCAAGACUCCAAGGUCAUUUUCGUGGAGAAGGCCCCAGAUGGCCACCACGUCUGGGAAAUGGAAGCAAAAACUGACCGAGACCUGUGCAAGCCAAAUUCCCUGGUGCUGGAGAUACCACCUUUCCGCAACCAGAGAAUAACCAGCCCCGUCCAAGUCAGCUUCUAUGUCUGCAACGGGAAGCGGAAGAGAAGCCAGUACCAGCAUUUCACGUACCUUCCUGCCAAUGUUCCAAUUAUAAAGACAGAACCCACGGACGACUUUGAGCCAGCUCUGACCUGUGGACCAAUGAGCCAGGGACUUAGCCCUCUGCCGAGGCCUUACUAUAGCCAACAGCUCACCGCGCCUCCCGACCCUGGCUCCUGCCUUGUGGCCGGCUUUGCCCCCUGCUCACAGAGGAACACGCUGAUGCCCACGUCUCCCAAUGCAAGCCCGAAGCUCCACGACCUUUCCUCUCCCGCCUACGCCAAGGGCCUCGCCAACCCGGGCCACAGUGGUCACCUUGGACUUCAGCCACCAGCUUCGGAGGCCCCCACCAUGCAGGAAGUGCCGAGGCCCAUGGCCAUCCAGCCCAACUCGCCUGAGCAGCCCACAUCCGUCAGGCUACAGCCGCAGUAAAUGAGAUCAUUCGUAACGACCUCUCCAGCACAAUCCCCCACUCCUAAUUCAGCACAUUGGAGCUGGCAGAAGCUGUGAGGAACUGGCUCAGUGCAGACAACCAUGCUUCAGCAAGCGAGACUUUGAUGAGAUAAACUGGACCCACAUCUGGUACCACUCAGAAAAUCCCAACUUACCGAACGAACGCGGGGAGCUUGUGUCUGAAGAAACAGCUCUCCAAAAACGACGGAGGAGCAGGAGAGGGGCCCACUGCACCUCUAGAAAGAAACACCAUCUCAAGGGAAGAGAAGGGCUGGCCAGUGAGGCCAGGGGCAGACACUGGCCCACUGUGUGGCAGACUGACCCUCCUGCCCACUGGAUUAAAACACUGGAAGUGCCUUAUUUAGUCCGACCACCACACCAGGGCAUAUGGACGUGUGCACUGAAUUUCCUACCACGAGAGUAUUCGUAGGAGCCAAAGCUAUUAAAGAACACUUCCUUGGGAGGCUCUCUCCUUUGUACUAAUCGAUCGGAUUCUGACGAGCUGUGGCCUCCCGCUUAUCUCUAACUUUUCUGGCUGUCCCACACAAUUCGCCUGCGUUAUCCAGUGCGCUCUAGAGGCCAUCCAGCCUGCCACCUUGGCACCUCUUUCAUAGUCAGCCCCCUCCUCUGUGUGACUGAAACCACAGGUUUGUCUGUAAUAGCAUGCCGGGGUUCUUGUUCUCAGUCCAGCUGCGGUAUAGUGAAGGAAGUUGAACAGCCCAAGACAGGGUCCCGGACAGAACAAAACCUGCCUGCCUGCGCUACAGGACGGAGCCUGUGUUUGCAUGCAUGUACAUAUAGGCAUAUAUUUAUGUAUAGAUGUCCAAGGACAGGGAUGGUGAUGGCCAGUCUGUGCCCAGCGGGGACUUCCGUGUUAGCAAUAACCAGUAUCCACCUUGAGAGUGCACCUCGGAGUCCAGACCCUGCCUUCCAUCACCUUCCACCAGGGUCCGUCCCCUCUGGCAGGCAGGUGGCUUUUUCUUGUCUCGUGCAGUUACGGAGCACUCUAGAGCUGUGCCCAGAUGCCCAUCGGCUCCCAAAGGGCAGUAUCCGAAAGUGGUUAUGAGUAACCACGACAAAAGGAGUGUAAUAUAUCUGUCCGAUUAUGAGAUGAUUACUUCACAGCAGCCUUAUAGCUCUCUGCUUCAUCUAAGGAAACAAUUACCAAAAACGGCGUUUGUAUACGCAGUCUGUGGAUUGUGCGUUUUCAGAUUAGCUACUGGUAACGGACAGGCUGGUGUCGGCUUCGUGUAAUCAGCUGCUUAUUACAGUUAACUAGCAGUGACCUAUUAUUUCUUAUAACCAAAAUAAAAAAAAAGCAUGGUUUAAUUAAAACAUGUUUAAUGAUGGUGCCUUAGGAGUUAAUGCCCCCUUAUGGAACAAGCCUGAAUUGCACCUGUGGGUGGAAGCCUCAAGUUACUCAGACGGGGGACUCACGACAGGAAAAGCUCUCCCCGCAGGAAGACGCAUCUUCAAAAUGUCCGUCUGUACGAUGGUGGCUUACCUUUUCCAACUCAGCAAAACAGACAAAUGUCCGAAAGCCAUAUCGAACGUUUUCUGUGAAGAGCUGAGGUGUGCCUGCCGCGCACACUCACAGAUCCUGGCCGCCUGCAGGCUGCCUCCCGCCUGCCUGCUUCUUAUAUGUACCCCAUGUUUAUUAGCAUCAUGGAGUUGCAUGAACCAUCCUUAGUAGACUGUCAUGUGAAAGCAAGCGUUUGACAUUUGUGUCAGCUAUCUUCAUAGUUAGGGAAUGGAGCUAAUAAAACAGUAUUUUUUUUCUUUC